CUCUCCCGGCGGCGCUCGCUCGCUUGCAUCUGUCUUCGCGCCCGCUGCAUCUGCAUCUGCAUCUGCAUUCGCAGCCGCAUUCGUUCAUUCACCCGUCAUCUCGAUCCCUGGACGGCUGGCUUUGAUCCUCGGCCCCAGCCCAUAUCGGCCUGCGAAGCAAUCGUCGGUGUCCCGACUCUUCAGUCCCGUUACUCCGCCUUUCCGGCUGCACUUUUCCAGCACAUCGGCUCGGCUCGGUUCGGCUCGACUCGGCUGUCUGUCUACCCGUCCGCCUUGCUGGAACCAACCGACAUCUAGAUUCUGUAAAGACAUGAAGACCGCACCGCAGCUCAGCUCCGUUUCGUCCCUGUCCGUGGCGCUCACCACCAGCAAGGUCGAGGCAGCCCACGCGCUGUAUCCCUCCGAUUCCGUCAGAUCCAAUCUCUCUGAGCUCGUGGCCGAUAUCGAUACUGACGAGGGAGACGUUGACGAACUGAUGCACGACUACACCCUGACACGCUGCAUCGAGGAGGAGGAUGCCGAGGACGAGAGUGCCGCAAUGCUGACCGACGAGCUGUAUGAUGAGAAGCCAUUCAUCGCCAUGAAUGCAGAGACGGAGCUGGUGUCGCCCACGUUUGCCACUGCGGCAGAGUUUCCGGGGCGGCUCAUCUACGACAUCAAUGUCCCCUUUUAUGCGGAGCAAGACGAAUAUGGCAACGAGAAGGUGUCGCAUUUUUUCGGAGUCCACAAUCUGAUGACUGGCUCGGCCAUCCAAAAGUUUGUGCUGGAGCGCUUCCUGGAUCUAGCCACGCCGCAGCUAGACGAUCAUAUGGUCAAGUCGAUGGACAUGGAAGGGAUGAUUGAUGUUUUGCUGGGGUACAUAUCGAGAAACAAUGUAUCUGAAUCGGCGCUGUUGGCUGGAUCGCUAUCCAUCUGUGAGUUGAUCAACAGCGACGUCUGCGGGCGAGUCCGAGACGAAACCGAUCCGGUUGCCAUGCGUCGAUCCUAUCAAGCGAUGGAAGUGCUGAGCAGCCGAGCGGCCAUCAAUAAGAAGUUUGUGAGCCAGUUUCUGACGCAAAUCGUGAUGGGCCUGUUUCGGGUGUUUGAAACAGGCGCCGAGGGCAACUUGAGACACUUUCGAAAAGCGUUCCUGUCGAUCGCCGAGCUCCACGACACCGUUAUCGACACCACCAUCACCGAGAUCUGCCCCGAGAUCCACCGCCCAUAUCUAUUCCAACUGCUGCGGUAUAUCGCCGAGCCUCCGAUCUCGGACACGCUCUCGCAGAUUGUGUUUGCGCCGCUGCGACCCAAGACACUCGAGAAGCGCCUGGAGCGCCUGGAGUUGUUUGCGUCGACCGAGUUUGUCGAGAGCGUGAUCGACCUGAUUUGUAUCCAAGACAACCCGACCGUGUCGGCGGCCGCAGCAGAGUUCUUUGUCAAGACGGUCGAAGACUCCUCCGUGAUUGACGGCGCAGGGGCGCUCUUCCACAACGUCGAGCUGGACUUUCAAAUCCUGUCCAAGAUGAUCGACGCUCUGUGCAAGCCCAGGUGCUCUUUCCCGAUUCGUUCUGGAAUGCUGGCCCUCCACGCGCUGGUCGUGAAGAGCAUCCCUCGAUGUAACCCGGCGCCCGCCUCUGCCGAAUCAAACAAGUCAAGCGUUCCACCACUGCACAAUCUGAAGCGCGCUGUGCUUUGGAAUCUCUGGGACCACUGGGACAAACUGGUCUUGUUGGUGCAGCGCAGCCUGGAGCACGACCCGCCGUUGGCGACCACAACCCGGCUGCUGUUCUACGACAUCUUCCGAGAGAUGCUGGGCUUUGUCUUGGCUCCAGAGUCGACCGUUGACUCGCCAUUGGAGAGUAGCGUUGUCGACCAGCUCGCGGGCCGGGUGCCCUGGGCGCUGUUCUGCUCGUGGCUAUUUGAAUGCAACAGCGAAAGCAGCAUCGUGCAAUCAGCCAUUCUGAAACUUCUCGCGCACGGAGUCACGUCGGACCAUCUGCCGACACUUCAGACCCUGAUGAGCGACUCUGUUAUGCUCAAGUAUGCCAGCGCUCACUUCCAAGCAGGGGGUCCGCACGGUCGCUCGCUGAACCACCCGUUCGUCCUGAAGCUAUGCAACAUUGCCCGUCUGCAAGCCCAGAUCGACUCUGCCUCGCAUCUGUCCCAGGUCUUGGCGGCAUCGCGGCUAUGGGAGGGACUCGAGGAAGUCGUGCGGAAGGAGACGACCCGGUACCUGACGGGCAGCGACGACGAGUCCGACGUGCCGAUCGACCUUGGAUCACCAUACGCCUCGUCUCUGGGCUUUGGUUCCCUUGAGCUUGACAGCACAGGCACCGCCAGCACAGGCGCUGGCUCUGAUGAUACUGUGCCGGCGCUGUCGACGAGGCUGCCGAGCACUUCGCCGCCACUGGAGGAGGACCCACGUGACAGCUAGCUGGGACGAGGAGCGAGGCGCGAGCGAGAGGACAGCGAGGCGCGGCGAGAGGCGAUGAUGCGGAGAGGUGGCGGCGAUGGCGACGAGGCGCAUCCGGGCUUGUCUGGCUG